AUGGACAGCACCUCGAGUUCCGAGGAGAGCUCCCUCAGCUGGGAUUGGCCUCCCGUGCCUGUCUUUCAGGCGCCUGCCUUUCAGGCGCUCAGCAUCAGGCCUCGCUCUUUCCACCUUGCAUCCCUUGAGCGCAGCCUGGAGGCCCCUCCCAGUCUCUUCACGUACGUUUUCGAGAGUUCUCUUUGCGGAGUGCUUGUCAGUUCCCGGGAAGGGGCCCGAGUGCUCCUCUGGCUCGAUCCUUCCAGUUGGCUUGCACUUGCUUGCUCCGGCCGAAGGACAGCGACCGGCGGAGACAGGCAGAGGCCUUCUUCUGUGCUCUUUACCGGUGAGUUCCCACCAGUGCCCUCGCUCGUGCCUGUGAUCACUCCAGUGACGCCAACCGUUGCUGCAGUCACGAAGAUUGCGAUUUCCCGGGUUCGUUUGGACGAUUCUUGGGGUGCUCACCUUGAGAGGAGGCUUAGUGCUGCCAUACAAAAGUGGGUUGCCUUAGUGGUUGAGGAUCCUUUUUCUUUUGACGUUGGUAGGCGGUGUGCUGCUUUCGUGGGAAAUGACGAGGCGAUUUCUCAGGGCCUUCUGCACACUUUUUCGGGCAAAUCGGCAGGUACCUUGCACAGCCGGGCUGGGCCUCUCAUCAGGUUUGUUGCCUGGGCCAAGGCUCGCCAGUGCAAGCCCCUACCCUUCAGCGAGGCGCUUUUGUAUGAUUUUCUGCUUGAAUCCGAGAGCACUUGUGCGCCGUCAUUCGGAAAGGCGUUGAUGUCUGCACUUGCAUUUUGCAAAUUUGUGCUGGGCGUUGAGAAUGUUUCUGAUGUUCUGAGCAGUGGUCGGUUUGGGGGCUUGGCUCGUUCGAUGUUCCUGAACAAAAGGAAGCGACGGCAGAAGCCACCCCUCACCGUCGAUAUGGUGAAGGCCCUUGAGAGAUUGGUGAUCUCCGAACGUGAAGGAGAUAUCGACAGGAUAUUUUCAAGGGGAAGCUUCAAGGACAAAGACGAGUUUCUCGCUGGAAAGGAAGACGGCUCUGCUCCCGAUGGUCUCCGCGAGGACAUGGGCAUUCCUGAAGGCGAGGACUUUCCUUUGCUGCCGUCGCUGGAGGCUGUCAUCCAGGACAUCAGACAAGGCCUGUUUUUGCCGGAUGUCACUCGGUCGGGUUACUUCCCGACCCAGCCGCAGAGGGAGCCUGGGCCUGAGUUCGUUGAGGAGCCAUCGGAAUCCGAAGUUUCGCUCGAUGAAGAGGAUAAUGUGCAAGACUUGAGAGCGGAGGAAGCGGCCGCUGAUCAGGUUGUUAACCGGGGCACGCGGUUUUGGAGGGAAGUCAACCAUGACUUGAAAAUGUGGCUGUACGGACCAUUCGCCAUGGCCAUCACCGAGAGCAAGGCAAACUUUUCUUCCAGGGCGACGGCCUUGGGGUUGGCCGCUGACGUUUUGAAGAAGUUCACUGAUGCCGGCAUUGAUUGCAUGAGCAAGUUUGCCUUCAUUAGUGCGUUCGUGCCCGGCAACACUGACGAGUCCCCUUUUACCGAUGCAGUUGCUGGGGUUUUGGGGCGCGCUGCUAAUGUGGCAGAGUUGAGCGUGCUGCGCAGGCUUCUUCAUGAGAGCGGUUGGCGGCUCCCGAUCGAGCCGAUAGGCUUCAGCGGCAACACUGGCUUGAACAUCCAUGGCCCUACUCUCCCGGGUCAUUCGGUCAUCGAUCGUUGCGUCCAGAUGUAUGAGGAUAAUUCUCUUUCAUACCUACCUUUGCAGUCUUGUCCCUGCCGGGAUGAUGAAGUGAAGUUCAAGAAGGACCGAGAUGACAAGAUGCUUGCUGUGGAUGGCACGGGGCACGUGUCUCUUAGGUCGCAGGCCGUGAAAGUGGAAGCCGACGUGUCCACUGACCUUUUGCUUAAGCAUGCACUUACACGUCGUGGGCUUGCGCUGGACCAAGCUGGCAUUCUGAGCUUUGCGGAGCAUGAGCGUUGGUCUGAGGCGUUGUUUCAGGCUCGAUUUCGAGAUCCGCCAGACCAGUAUGCCCGUGUCACGCUCCAGCAACUCAUCCAGGCGGACAGGCAGGUUUUUGUUGAAGCAGCUGAUCGGACCCGCCAGGGGAUUCAGGUGGUGGCUUCCGGACGACCAGUCGAUCGCAUUUGGAGUGACGCCAUGUCUUGCAACAAUGUCACUCACCUGCUGCAACCCUUGCCCUUGCCUCCACCAGCUCCUUUGCAUCCACGGCCUGGGCCCUAUGAUGACCGCAGGGGUUUGAAGGGUCGCGGUAGGGGAAAAGGGAAAGGUAAAGGAAAGGGAAAUGUUCGUAUGCCUGCUGAGCUGUCCGAUGGUGUGCCAGUCACCACCCGGGGCUUGCCCAUCUGCUUCGACCACAACUUGGGGCGGUGUCAGCGUGCCGUUACUAGUGGCAAGUGCGAUCGUGGUCUUCACAUUUGUUGCAUCAAAGGCUCUGAGGCGCAGGUCCACGUGACUGAUGAUAAAGAUGUAGCACAGCUUGGUGAGGAGCUUGUGCUCUCUUCUUCCGAUGAUGAGAUCCCUGAAGGGGAGUCAUCACCGAAACACGUCCCGUGCUCGGCCUCAGUUCCGCCUCAGCCGCUUUCCGACAAUCCCGAAGCUUUUGCGUCUCAGCUGCUCGAGAAGCCGUGGCUUGAGGCGAGCGAUGUUUUGCAGCUUUUUGAGAUGUUGCCAAUGGCCGCGCCCCAGCGUGGAACUGAGGGCAAGGCUUUUGCUACCGGAGCGUUCGCUCGAGUCAAGGUCAAUGGCCAGCAGCAGAAGGGAGUUCUCUUGCCCGUGGGAGCCGGGCCCGUGCUCUUUGAUGCACGUCGUGCUCUGCAUCUCACUGAGCCUUGGAAAGGCCGCCGUGUGGUCUUAGUGGCCUUUUCUAUAGGUGCAUUUUCAAGGCUGUCCAGUGAGGCUUCUGAACGCUUGUCUGCCCUGCAGUUUAACUUGCCAAACCAGCCCGAUGCUGCUGCGUUCCAAGAGCGCCCGCAAUUGCCGGUGCGUCUUCCCUGGCCGCCUCGAUUGCCCCUCCUUGCAUCUGCGCCUUCGGUUCCCGACAUUCCUAAGCCGGCUGCUGGAGAGCCCUUGUUCUUGGAGCUAUGUGCUGGUACUGCCAUGUUGUCGCGCUGCUUUCAUGAGGUCGGCGUCCCGGUCAUGCCCAUUGACCACCAGCACAAUCGGUUCAUUAACUACGCCUUGCUGAAGCUGAAGGAAACAGGAGUUAAGGUGCUGCCCAAGCUGCGAGGAACUCCCCGAGAAGUGUGGGAGGUGAAGGAAGAAGACGAUGAGGAGGUCGUAGACCUGAUCGAGAUGUUUCGAGAAUGGGGGAACAAGCCCCACGCAAGAACGGUGAAGGUGAAAGAAGUUCAAGUGUUCGACAUAAGCCAGGGAGAUGAAGAGCUGAACGAGUUGGACGAGUACCAAAUGUGGUAUGAAGAAGAUCGACCAGAAGUCAAACAGGAUGCAUACAGCGCUUUCCUGACAAAGCUAGUGAAGAGGAGGAAUGGAACGUCGGAACUGAAAGAUGACAUAGAGAAUGGCAAGUACGAAGAAGGUUGGUUUUAUCUCACUGACGGACGGCCAGUGAGAAUCGACUGGGACGUGAACACGACGUACAGCCUUGGACGAGACGAAGGAAAGGUGUUCAAUUUCAGAACCACACUGAGAACGCGAUACGAAGAAGAACAAAUAGUCUGGGAAGAAAUGGAAUUUCAUGAGUGUGCCGAGGAGUGGAAAGACAAAGGCACAACGGUCAUAGUACCAGAGAUCGAGAAAGCAGUGGUCAUCACGAUCAUGGAAAGAUUUCCGAGAAGUGUUGAAGAUUACGGAGAGUACAGUAGUCCGUACAAGAGAAAGGAACCAGAAGAAAAGCGUGAUGUGGAAAUGGAACCACAAGAGCAGGACGACUUAUGGAAAGGAAGAUCAGAAAAGGAGUUGCAGCGAGAGAUUGAAAAAGGAAUCGAAGAAUUGGAACAAGCGCCAAGUUCUGGGUUCGCACCAGGACGGUCGAAGCAGCCGAAGAGGCUGCCGCCAUCAAGUGGAAUUGAAGUGGCGCCGAUCGAAGGAGCAGCGGCAAGGAAAAGAGAUGAAGCAAGUAUGACCUCGGGUGAAGCCGAGGAAGAAGAGCCGGAAGGCACGAGCAAAAGAGAGCUCGAAGGAGCAGCCGCAGAAGAACCUGAAGCCACAAGGAAGGAUUUGCCGAAGUACCAUGACGACGAAGAGGUAGAGUUGGAAGAGUUUGACGGACUCGAAGUCGAGUUUGAAGAGCCUGAAGAGGAAAGAAGUUCAGAGCUCGGAGAAGACGAAGAGUUCGAGGAAAGCAUGCCAAGGUGGUCAAACAAGUUCGAAGAUGGACCUCCGAAGUUGGACGAAGAUGAGCUGACGAAGGUCGACAUUGUGUCAAGAGAGCACGAGAUAAGCCGACUCACAGAGAUGAAAGUCUUGAAAGAGCUGCCUGAAGGCACAAGUGUGAGCAACUACAAGUACCUUUCAACCAAAGUUGUCUACGAUUGGAGGCAUCGGUAUCGUUCUUCGAAUGCCUGGAGAAGAUAG